AGUAUUACUACUAUUGAUACCUACCUAUUCCAUCCUAUCCUAUCUUAUCCUAUCCUUACAUAUAUCUCUCACAAAUGGAUUCUGCCUUUGAAGAAUACUGCAUUGUUUGCGAAAACAAAUUGUCUUCCUUCAACUCCCUCUACUGCUGUGAAUCUUGUAAAUUAAUCGACCAAAAGAACCAAUUUAACGACAAUACUAGUAAUACUGACGUCAAUAACAUUACAAUCAAUAACAAUAUCCUCAACUCUCCUUCUCUCAUACCUACCGACUACCAGGAUAACUACUCAUACAACUAUAGCUAUAAUAACGACUACAACUAUAAUUAUAACUAUGGCUAUAACUACAAUGACGAGUUUGAUAACGAAUUCGACAUAGAUUACUAUCCUCAAGACCAAAGUGCCUCCAACAACCAAAAUAUCAACUACAAUACCUUUAACAACUAUAACAGUUCAGAUUUCAAUUCCAAUUCCAAUUCCAAUUCCAAUUACACAGAUCUUGAAGAUUUAGAUAAUGAUGCCUCUAGCUUCAACUCUUCUUCAUCUUCAUCUUUUUCAAACAACCAAUCCUCUUCUCCAAUAUUUUACUCAGAUAACAAAAGCCAAUCAAUAUACAAUAACCAAGUAAUAGCCUCUUCUUUGUUAACUAUUGGCAACUCAAACUACACAAGAUGGUUAAGCUCCCAAUAAUUCUCUUCAUUUCUAAAAAUCCAAUUAAUUAUUCACUUGUCUAAUUAAUUUAAUGCAUUUAUUUAUAUUAUUACUUACUAUUACUAUAAUUACUAUUACUAUUACUAUUAUUACUAUUACUAUUACUAUUUCCAUUAUGAUUUGUUAUUUAUCUACUUAUUAUCUACUUAUUUACUUCUACUUCGUUUCUCUUCAAAAGUCGCUUAUUACUUUAUUGUAUAUCUUUUUUUCAUUAUCAUUUUAACGGUUGGGUCUUUUUUUUUUCUUUUUUAUAUAUAAAUAUUUAAUCUUAUAAAUAUUAAUAUUAUCUAUUUACUA